AUGGAUGCGUUACGUGGAGAGCUGUUCUUUGAUAAGAUUGACCCUGAAGAUAUUAACGUUGGGUAUGGAUCCGCAAGUGAUGUUAAAAGCGAGUUGGGUACUGAAGAAGAAUUGGACGUUCCUGCGGAGCCUGGAUCAGUGUAUGAAAGCGAGGUAGAUUCUGACAGCGACUUUGAUGACGACUCCAGCGCGUUCCUGCAAGACGACACCGAUAUGCGUCAACUCACAGCCACGGGUUGGGAUAUCUACGAUGAGCAUCAUUCCGUGGAGGGCAUUCCUGCUGUGGCGAAGGCGCAACGAGACAAGCAGCUACAGGCUCAGCUCAGGGAUCCUGUGAAGUCGGCCCAACCUCUUGAAGUCUUAGAACAGAAGCUGCGCAAGGUGAAGCCAAUUCAAGCACAUGAAUUCUUUACGUGA